AUGGAUUGGCGGAAAAAAACUAAUUGUGAAAGAAAUGGCAGAGAAAUGUAUGAAAUGAUAGAAGAAUUAGGUUCGGGUAGUUUUGGACGAGUAGAUGGAGUGAAAGCUAAACUCAAUGGAAACAUAUAUGCUCUUAAAACAUGUCAAUUAAAUAGUUUGACAGAAAAACUUAAAAUCAAUGUUUUAAAUGAAACUCAAAAUUUGAUAAAAUUGCGGUCAAAAUAUGUGAUUCAAUAUUAUUAUUCAUGGAUUGAAAGCAACUGUUUAUACAUUCUUAUGGAGUGUUUGGCCGGAAAUUUAACCCAAGUUUUAGAAACUAAAAGAAAAUUAUUUGGAGAAAUAAUUACUGAUUUUGAAUUCUAUAUAUCAUAUGAAAUAUUCAAACAAUUGGUCGAAAGUGUGGAGUAUUUGCAUAAAAAUCAUAUCAAUCACAGAGACCUCAAACCCGAUAAUGUGUUGAUUGACAACAACGACGACAAUAGAUAUAUAAAGUUAUGUGACUUCGGUUUGUCUAAAGAAGUGCAUGUAUUGAGUGAUGGAUACAAUCAGACCAAAGAUGUCGGAGAUAUACAAUAUCAGGCACCGGAAGCAAUAACUACUGAAUACAACCAUUUAAUAGAUGUCUAUAGUCUGGCACUCAUUGGGGCACAACUUUUUGGGUUCAAUACAAGAGAUAUUGCAAAUGGAAAUACUCAACGAAUGGAUCGACGGAUUGGAGACAAAGACCCGAAUGUGAAAUCCAACUUCUAUACCAACGGAUUUAAUUAA